CCAAAGAGCAGCUCCUUGAGCUUGUUCCUUGACAUGGCCCCGUCUUCAGCAUCGCGUUUCCCCUUUCUUCACCUCCUAGAAGCUGCCACAUCUGCAUCAGCCAUAGGCACAAACAGAGCAGAAACCACCUCAACGGGCAGAUCGGCACUUGCGAGCUCUAGCUCCAGUUCCAGCGUACUCAGCCAAGGCCCCGGUGGAACUCCAUCAGGAACCAAGGACAACCCUCGAAGUUCCAACCCAGGAGCAAUGGGGACUACAGAGGCCAGUGGCACAAACAGACCUGAAAACCCCACUAAGGGAAGAUCAACGGCUGGCAGCGGCAUUUCCACUGGAGUUCCUCCAGAAGCCGCCACAUCCGCUGGAGGCACGGGGACAAACAGAGCAGAAACCACCACUAAGGGAAGAUCAACAGCUGGCAGCGGCAGUUCCACUGGAGCUCCUCCAGAAGCUGCCACAUCUGCAUCAGCCAUAGGCACAAACAGAGCAGAAACCACCUCAACGGGCAGAUCGGCACUUGCGAGCUCUAGCUCCAGUUCCAGCGUACUCAGCCAAGGCCCCGGUGGAACUCCAUCAGGAACCAAGGACAACCCUCGAAGUUCCAACCCAGGAGCAAUGGGGACUACAGAGGCCAGUGGCACAAACAGACCUGAAAACCCCACUAAGGGAAGAUCAACGGCUGGCAGCGGCAUUUCCACUGGAGUUCCUCCAGAAGCCGCCACAUCCGCUGGAGGCACGGGGACAAACAGAGCAGAAACCACCACUAAGGGAAGAUCAACAGCUGGCAGCGGCAGUUCCACUGGAGCUCCUCCAGAAGCUGCCACAUCUGCAUCAGCCAUAGGCACAAACAGAGCAGAAACCACCUCAACGGGCAGAUCGGCACUUGCGAGCUCUAGCUCCAGUUCCAGCGUACUCAGCCAAGGCCCCGGUGGAACUCCAUCAGGAACCAAGGACAACCCUCGAAGUUCCAACCCAGGAGCAAUGGGGACUACAGAGGCCAGUGGCACAAACAGACCUGAAAACCCCACUAAGGGAAGAUCAACGGCUGGCAGCGGCAUUUCCACUGGAGUUCCUCCAGAAGCCGCCACAUCCGCUGGAGGCACGGGGACAAACAGAGCAGAAACCACCACUAAGGGAAGAUCAACAGCUGGCAGCGGCAGUUCCACUGGAGCUCCUCCAGAAGCUGCCACAUCUGCAUCAGCCAUAGGCACAAACAGAGCAGAAACCACCUCAACGGGCAGAUCGGCACUUGCGAGCUCUAGCUCCAGUUCCAGCGUACUCAGCCAAGGCCCCGGUGGAACUCCAUCAGGAACCAAGGACAACCCUCGAAGUUCCAACCCAGGAGCAAUGGGGACUACAGAGGCCAGUGGCACAAACAGACCUGAAAACCCCACUAAGGGAAGAUCAACGGCUGGCAGCGGCAUUUCCACUGGAGUUCCUCCAGAAGCCGCCACAUCCGCUGGAGGCACGGGGACAAACAGAGCAGAAACCACCUCAACGGGCAGAUCGGCACUUGCGAGCUCUAGCUCCAGUUCCAGCGUACUCAGCCAAGGCCCCGGUGGAACUCCAUCAGGAACCAAGGACAACCCUCGAAGUUCCAACCCAGGAGCAAUGGGGACUACAGAGGCCAGUGGCACAAACAGACCUGAAAACCCCACUAAGGGAAGAUCAACGGCUGGCAGCGGCAUUUCCACUGGAGUUCCUCCAGAAGCCGCCACAUCCGCUGGAGGCACGGGGACAAACAGAGCAGAAACCACCACUAAGGGAAGAUCAACAGCUGGCAGCGGCAGUUCCACUGGAGCUCCUCCAGAAGCUGCCACAUCUGCAUCAGCCAUAGGCACAAACAGAGCAGAAACCACCUCAACGGGCAGAUCGGCACUUGCGAGCUCUAGCUCCAGUUCCAGCGUACUCAGCCAAGGCCCCGGUGGAACUCCAUCAGGAACCAAGGACAACCCUCGAAGUUCCAACCCAGGAGCAAUGGGGACUACAGAGGCCAGUGGCACAAACAGACCUGAAAACCCCACUAAGGGAAGAUCAACGGCUGGCAGCGGCAUUUCCACUGGAGUUCCUCCAGAAGCCGCCACAUCCGCUGGAGGCACGGGGACAAACAGAGCAGAAACCACCACUAAGGGAAGAUCAACAGCUGGCAGCGGCAGUUCCACUGGAGCUCCUCCAGAAGCUGCCACAUCUGCAUCAGCCAUAGGCACAAACAGAGCAGAAACCACCUCAACGGGCAGAUCGGCACUUGCGAGCUCUAGCUCCAGUUCCAGCGUACUCAGCCAAGGCCCCGGUGGAACUCCAUCAGGAACCAAGGACAACCCUCGAAGUUCCAACCCAGGAGCAAUGGGGACUACAGAGGCCAGUGGCACAAACAGACCUGAAAACCCCACUAAGGGAAGAUCAACGGCUGGCAGCGGCAUUUCCACUGGAGUUCCUCCAGAAGCCGCCACAUCCGCUGGAGGCACGGGGACAAACAGAGCAGAAACCACCACUAAGGGAAGAUCAACAGCUGGCAGCGGCAGUUCCACUGGAGCUCCUCCAGAAGCUGCCACAUCUGCAUCAGCCAUAGGCACAAACAGAGCAGAAACCACCUCAACGGGCAGAUCGGCACUUGCGAGCUCUAGCUCCAGUUCCAGCGUACUCAGCCAAGGCCCCGGUGGAACUCCAUCAGGAACCAAGGACAACCCUCGAAGUUCCAACCCAGGAGCAAUGGGGACUACAGAGGCCAGUGGCACAAACAGACCUGAAAACCCCACUAAGGGAAGAUCAACGGCUGGCAGCGGCAUUUCCACUGGAGUUCCUCCAGAAGCCGCCACAUCCGCUGGAGGCACGGGGACAAACAGAGCAGAAACCACCACUAAGGGAAGAUCAACAGCUGGCAGCGGCAGUUCCACUGGAGCUCCUCCAGAAGCUGCCACAUCUGCAUCAGCCAUAGGCACAAAUAGAGCAGAAACCACCUCAACGGGCAGAUCGGCACUUGCGAGCUCUAGCUCCAGUUCCAGCGUACUCAGCCAAGCAAUGGUGACCUCAGGUGCCAGUGGGACAAACAAUGCUGAAAGCACCACUAAGGGAAGAUCAACAGCUGGCAGUGGUAGUUCCAUUGGAGACCCUCCAGAAGCUGCCACAUCUCCAGGAACCAUGGGGACAAACAGAGCAGAAACUACCCCAAUGGGAAGAUCAUCACCUGCAAGCUCUAGCUCCAGUUUCAGUGUAUCCACCCAAGAAAUAGCCAAGUCCACUAUAGCCAAUGGAGAACAUGGAGCUGAAACUACCACAGUGGAAAGAUCAGCAGCAGUGACUACCAACUCCAGUGGAGUCACUCAUGGAUGUCUAGGACCAGCCCCAGUGUGUCAUGGACCAUUAGGUGAAGAAAAAUCUCCUGGAGACACAUGGAUUAUAAAUUGCCACCAGUGUACCUGCAGUGAUGCAAGGACUGUAGACUGUAAGCCCAGGACAUGUCCCAUUCUACCCACCUGUGCAAAUGGAGAGAAGUUGAUACAAUACAAAUCCAAUGAAUCUUGCUGUGAAACUGCAUAUUGUGAGCCAAGAACAUGUUUUCACAAUCACAUGGAUUAUAAGAUUGGUGCAUCAUUUGAUGAUCCCCAUAAUCCAUGUGUGUCCUAUUUAUGUACUCCAAAUGGCUUUGUCACUACGGUCCAAGAUUGCCCAGGACAGAGUUGGUGCUCAGAGGAAAACAGAAUAUAUGAUUCAAAAAAAUGUUGCUAUACUUGUAAGGAAGAGUGCAAGCCAGUUCCUGUGAAUGUAACCGUUAUAUACAAAGGCUGUAUGAAGAAGGUUGAAAUGGCAAAAUGUAGUGGAAAAUGUAAAAAAAUGACCACAUAUAACUAUGAAACAUUUCAAUUGGAAAACUCCUGUACAUGCUGCCAAGAAGAUAUGUAUGAGAAGAGAGAAAUCACCCUUAGUUGUCCUGAAAAGAAAACACUGCCUUACACAUAUAGACAUACUAUCUCUUGCUCAUGCAAGAAUCUUUGUUCAAACUCUACAAGUACAUCUUAAUCUAAAGGUGCAAUACCUUUUUUGUUUGUAACUAUGAAUUAAAUAUUUCCAACUAUAAAAACUUAGUCAAAAAGUGAAGACAAAAAUGUUUUUCUCUACACUAAAAAAAUGUAAUGGUGUUUCAAAGUACAGCAUUGCCUUCUUUUAUUGUUUCUCAUAAUAAAUG